UGCUAAACAAAAAAUAUCUGUGAGUUAAUGUCAGCGUAACAUUGACGUUAUGCACUGAAUAUGUUCACUUGAGUGAUAUUUCGGUUACAUUCAGUUCUGCAUAUUUUUCAUCCUGAUUCCGAAAAUACACCCCACCUUUAAAAUAUUUCGUUUUGCGAAGCCUGACAGGUGGCGUUGCGAAAAUGUUUACAAGAUGGAGGCAGGGAAAACUGGAACACGAGAGUCGUUGAAUGAAACAGGGCAUUAGCAAAAUUUUACAGCCUUGAUGAUGAGGCCUAUCUAGAAAGCAGAGAAGAUCUGUUUGGAAAUAAUCUUCCUCAAGACUUUAUCUACUCUAUUAGUAGAUACAUAUAGCGAUAAAUCAAAAUGGCAGGUGCGGAAAGCAUACAAUCUUCGCCAGUAUCUCCAAGACCUCAAGCCAGGUCCUAUCGAGCCUAUGUUGAACAACAGAGGGCAUUGGCCCUGAAGCGAGAGGACCCUGAUGGACCUAAGUUGUGGCGGCAGAUGGUGAUAGGAUUCAUCUGUGCUGCAUGUGUUGGCUUCAUUAUGUUCAUUCUUGGAAGUAUCUUCAUAUCAGAAGCAAUUUCCUUGAAGUAUUCUGCAACAAUCAUGUUGUGUGUCAUGGGCAUGGUUUGUGGCUUGAUAAUUGUUGUUGGGACAAUUAUCCUGGGCAAGUUGUUUAUAUCAAGAAAAUGGAGGAAGUCUCAAGGGAGGGAACUGGAGCAUCCUCCAGCUGCUUGCUUUCACACAUGUUCAGUUAUCUACACUCCAUCCCAAGAUCAGCUGACCCAGGUAGGGUGUGGUGAACCACCUCCCGCGUACGACUCCCUUGUACUGAUGCCCCUCCCACCUGGGCAUCCCCGGGUUGUAUUAGACUCGGAUGGAGGAUCAGAAUCUGACCCAACCAUCAUGGUCCUACCUCCCAAGUAUGAUGACAUAUCUGAUCCCCUGCCACCCUACAUAGAGGACAGGCCUUGACAGGGUGUGGAGCUGAGAGGAGACAUCACUGAUCUGCUGACAUUUCAUAGGGCUACUUGGAGGAGCCAUGUGUUUGUACUUGUGUUGCUGUGUUUGCUAUUGCUGACCAAGUGGUGUUCAAAAUGGCAUCAAGUCAUAAUGUAAUAGGGCGGUGAGGUAGCCUAGUGGUUAAGGCAUUUGCUUGUCAUGCUGAAGAUCCAUGUUUGAUUCCCCACAUGGGUACCAUGUGUGAAGCCCAUGUCUGGUGUCCCCCGCCGUGAUAUUGCUGGAAUCUUGCUAAAAGUGGGGUGAAGUCAUACACACUCACUCAUAAUGUAAUUCAAUGCGAGUCAGCAUUUUUAGUGUUAACUUGUCUUUUGACGUAAUUCAGAUUUAUACUUGAUUUUGAGCACUUCUUAAGUUUGCUCACUUAGCUGAAAGUGUUUAUGAGUCUCUAGGGUUCAGACUAUUGGAUAAUGCCAAACAUGGUCAGGGGGUGUAUGAUUUUCAAGUUGAACAUGUUCUGUUGUAGCGAUGUAGAUUUGGGAUAUUUUGGGGAAUAAGAUACCAGUAGGGUAACUUACAAUGCAUUAUUGUGAGAACCUCUUGCCUUCAAAAGAACAUCAAGGCAUCUUGAUGCAUACUUAAGUUUUACAAGUUUGGAUACAAGAUACCAUGCUUUGCAUUGUCAAUAAACAUCUUAUUUUAAAUUUCAUGGUUUAAGUAUAAGAUUAUUGAUUUCAUCCCUUUUUAUGAACAUUUGGAGGACAGCAGGAUGAACAGAGGGGACAAACAUCAGGUUUCUCAAAGUUUUCACGUUUCUGUUUUCCUAUAUUUUCUUCACUGACUAUACACACUUGUGAUUCAUUCAUCAUUGGACUGUGAGUCAACAAGAGGUUGUGUAAACUGCAAAUCAUUGAAUACUGUCAAGUGUUUUCUUGCAUUUGUGCAUUGUGUUUUUGUGUUCAAUGCAUCAACACAAAUGGUAUUUUUGGGAUGGAGUUUUAAUAUCUCAAAGCAGAGUGAACUUUUGUCAUUGGUUUGAUCAU